AUGGCCAUCCUCUCGCGCGUGCGGCAGUUUGCCGGCUACACCGUCGCUCUGCUGCUCGCCACGACUGUCUCAGCCUCCCCAGUUCUCUCGCGCGAUCCAGAAACAACCACGGUCUUCCAGUUCGAAACCAACGGCACUUGGAUCGAAAAUAUCGCCAUCCGUCCCGGCGGCGACCUGCUGCUGACGCGCAUGGACGAGCCUGAGCUCUGGACGGCUAAUCCGGUCGACGGCUCGUGGUCACUGGUGCAUCGGUUCGACCACGCCACCGCGCUGAUGGGCAUCACGCACAUGCACGAUGAUCGCUACGCCGUCGUGGUGGGAAACGUCACCAUCGCUGACAUCGGCCAGCCCAUGCCGGGUUCCUUCUCGCUGUGGGCCGUGAAUAUGGCUGCCGACAGGCCGCAGAUCAGUCCGAUCGUAGCCAUUCCCGAAGCUGGCUGGUUGAACGGAAUGACACGCCUAGACAACGAGUCAGGUACGCUGCUGGUGGCGGACUCCGUCAAUGGGGUCAUCUGGAAGGUCGACCCCUUGUCUGGACAAUAUGAAGUCGCGCUCUCUGGUCACUCACUUGAGCAGAAUGGUCAGGCCCUGGGGGUGAACGGCGUCCAUGCGGCAGGAGGCAUGGUGUACUAUACCUCCAGCUCGCUCGACUCGCUCUUCCGAGUGGCCGUGAAUGCUCAGGGGCUGGCCGCAGGUCCGGUGGAAACCGUGGCUGCCAGUGACUCCUUGCCUGACGACUUCGCUCUGGCGUCUGACGGGACCGCAUAUCUCAUGGCCAAUGUGGACAACCAGGUUCAACGCGUUUCCUUGAGUGGGGAAUUGUCCACGCUGGCCGGAAGCAAAGACUCCUCGCUUGUGGCAGGUCCGAGUGCCGGUCAGAUCAGCGCCGAUGGGAGCGUUCUGUACGUGGUGACUUGUGGCGGACAUAUCGCUCCUCCGCAGGGAAAGCUGGAACCAGCCAAAGUGGUGGCCAUCAAAUUGUGA